AUGUCGGUCCGAAAAUCCCCACCGCCCUCCGCGUCCGGUCCAGGCGCAGGCGGAGGAAUGGCCCUCACCAAGCGCGCGCGGGUAGACGACGAUGAGGCGGACGCAGACCCGUCCAUGAUGCUCAUGACGGUCGCGUCGUCGGGCGAGGGGCAGCGGAAGAGUGCGCUGGUCAGGAGUGUGAAGAGGACGAGUGGGCUGGAGGCGCCCAUUGUUAGUCUGGCGGGGGCACAUGGGGGCGAAAUAACGGCCUGCAAAUUCGAUCCAUCAGGACGGACAUUAGCAGCCGCUUCAGUCGACCGGAGUAUAUCACUGUGGAAUACCUACCCACCACAUGAGAACUACGGAAUACUGCCGAAUGUGCAUAAACAGGCUAUCCUCGAUAUCGCCUAUUCCCUGGAUUCAGAAGUCCUCUAUUCCGGCGGCGCAGAGGGCCAACUAAUAUCUACCGACCUCAAAACAGGCGAGCGCCUCUCGCGCUAUUCGGCGCACUAUGGCCCCCUCAACUCGAUCGCCGUCGCCCUUUCUGGCGGGCGCGAGCUGGUGCUCACAGGCGGGGACGACGGUGUAGCCCGGGUAUGGGAUCUGAGCAUGGAGGGCAAAGAGCCAGUGAUGGAGUUUGACGACGGCAGGGAUUGUCCGGUGACGGCGGUCGAGUGGAGCAAGGAUGGGAAUCAGGCGUUUGUGGGCGGUGUGGAUAAUGAGGUGAAAGUGUGGGACUUGAGGAGUGGGAAGGUGGUUUAUACGCUGCAUGGGCAUACGGAUACUAUCGCCUCCCUCGCCCUGUCCCCUUCAGGCCACUACCUAGCGGCCUACUCCCUCGACUCGGCGCUGCUCAUAUACGACGUCCGCCCCUUCUCUUCCGAGCAUAUGCGCGUCUACCGCUCCCUCACGGGCGCACCAGCAGGGUUCGAGGGCAACCUCAUCCGGUGCGCAUGGAGCAAGCACGACGGGGGAUCGCGUAUCGCGGCGGGCGGAGGAGAUCGGAGCGUGACGGUGUGGGAUGUCGUUGAUGGAAAAGUGGCGUAUAAGCUGCCGGGACAUAAAGGGACAGUGACGGGCGUGGACUUUCAUCCCAGAGAACCAAUCAUCCUGACUGGAUCAAAAGAUACGAAUUUGUUGCUGGGCGAGUUGGACGCUCAGGAUUAUUCGUAG